AUGAAGGACUGGUGGGCUGAAGCGAUCGCCAGGAACAUGGGAACACCCACAGGCUAUGCAAACGUUGCAGUGUUGCUAUUGAAAUGGUCGGAUGAGUUGGACGAGUUGCGAACCGGCGACGAAGUAGAGGAGCUCGAACGUGUCUUUCGGGAACGCUUUCAUUUCAAGACUGACGUUGUUGAACUCAACCACCGAAGCAAACCACAACAUCAGAUGGAUCGAGUUUUGACCACGUUCGUCGAAACGUACGAUCACCCUGGUAAUUUGUUGAUCGUGUUCUAUACGGGCCAUUCCGCCCACUACAAGAAUGCCGGUCGACUGGAGUUCUUACCGUCCUUGGAAUCAUCAACGGCCCGCGGCACUUCCAGUGGUGGUCAGAUAAACUGGUACAAAACGGAAGACUACCUCUGUUCGGAUGAAAUUGACGGAGACGUUCUUGCGAUACUGGACACAGAGUAUGCGAGUAAUGGCAACAUACGUCGUGUGUCCAACGACGAAAGCAGCUCCAACUACAGGGACCAAGGGACUGCGAGGUGUUUUCAGUUGAUAAACAGCUGUGAUUUGAUGCCUCCUGGCCCUGAGUCGUUCACGCGCAUAUUGAUUGACGGUUUGAAAGAGCUCCACGAACAUAACGGAGACUCGGCGUUUUCGACUCAGGACCUUCAUCAGUGCGUUGAGAUGAGACGACCAGGCACAAGCUCUAAGAUGUGGUCUUUGCUACCAAACAAACGCCAUAUUCUCCUAACACCAACGGUCCAAUCGGGAGCUGGUACGAGAGUACCCCAGCAGCAUCGUAGGCGCCCUGGACGAGGUUACCUGAAGCUUGGUCUCGAAAUCAGGGAUGCGUCUUUGGAACAGGAACAGGUAGACUACCUGGUAAGAGUCUUGUUGUCAUCAUUGGAUAAACCUCUCAUUGGCCUCCGUGGAAUUGAUUGGCUUGGGUUCGAGCGUCGUGAGAAAGAGUUGAUCUCGUUCUCCGAGAAUCUUUCCUUGAAGUUGAGGGUCUUCGAAACCUGGAAAAGAUUGGUAGCGCGGCGGAAGGAAGAUAUGGCGGGCGCCAUUCAGUGA